GAGGCAUUGAACAAAGUAUAAAAUCGUGACAGGCUGUGUUAUUUGGUCGUAUAUUUCUGACUAGUUCUGAUGAGAUGGAGCGUUUAAUUCUGUUCAUCUUUACUUUCUCCGUCUUUUUUGUGUACUCUGAGGCUGCAUGUUCAACUGAUACAGGAAAUGGGUACUAUUGUCGAUAUAAAGGAAGAAUUAUUUUGCCAGGCCGAAGUUAUGAAAAAACAACGGGUCCAAAUUGUUUCAAGUGCACAUGUUCUGAAGAUGGAACAUUUUUAAGCUGUUGCGAUACUAGCACGAUUAUCACAAGCUUUCCGCAAGACAAAUGUAAAGUUAUACUGGUGGGAUGUGACGAGAAAGCAGUCAGCAAAUUCGACGAAAGCAAGCCCUGUCCAGGACCAAUAUCAGCCAUUAAAGGAUGAAAUGUGUAAAAAAGAAACAUUUACAAAUAAACCAUUAUUUACAAAUGAACGAGUCAAUCAAAUAGUUGUAAUAAUGUUAAUUUGACUUAUAAUUACAAAAUUUCACAAGAAAAUUAAACAUUUUUUACCUUUGGAAAUGGCUUUCUCAGCUUUUCCAUUACUUCUUUGCAAAUUGUAAAGUGAAUAAAAAUC